GGCCCCAGCGACAAAGUUCCGAUACCCGACUCGAGUCAGGGAACCUCGAUCGCGAAAGUAACUGAGGCUAAACCAUAUUUCGCGCACUCUAAUGCAUAGAAUGGUGUCCGAUGCCUCAAGAAAGACAAUUCUUUGGCCGAUUUCAUCGCACAGGCUGGUGCUGGUCCAAGGUAACUAUCAGAUACGUAGAUUGCUUCAAUCUCAGCACUUAUGUACCUGUCAGGAUGCCCGUAGGCGCGUAAGCUGCGAGCACGAGCACCUGUCCUUAAUACUGCCGUGCUGGCUGCCCCACAACGUGAGACCUAUGAAGCUGCGACUAUGUUAUUCUUAUAUUUGCAAAACGUACUCCAAUGCCCCGAUGUCCACGACCCCGACCCCGACCCCGACCCCGACCCCGACCCCGACCCCGACCCCGACCCCGACCCCGACCCCGACCCCGACCCGGUCACCGGUCCGGGAGGUUGUGCGCACGCCAGCAUCCGCAGUACCUUUGGUCCAAUGUUUGUUACGACUCUGGCACUCAGAUCAUACUCAGACUUCAGUCGCCACUUCUACACCAGCCUCCUCUCGUGCUCGGCAUUUUAACACUGUACAUUGCGUCCCCUGUCACUUGACUCCCUUAGGGGCACGCUCCAUGGAUCGCAUGGCGGUCCGCUAUGUGUGGACAAGCACGGACUGGCAGUGUGGACCAUGGUUGGCCGUGGGUUGGCUGUCGGUCAGGUUUCGGCGCUCUCUUCAGUCCAAAGAGGCUGGUAGGCACGGGUAGGCUGCAGCGGCCGUGUUUCGUGUGCCCAAAUGUUAGACUGCUCUUCUUCGCGCUGGCGCAGGUAUGUGUUGCAUGUUCAGGGCGCGUGGUGAAUUACGGGGGCCCGGCCUACACGUAUUAGUCCAAUGUGUAUAAAACACUGAAUGCGUGCGUUCUCCCUUAUGGAUGGGCCGCUGGAGACGUGACAGAGCUGUAAAAUGUCGGUGCGCAUUUCACCAAGUCGAUGCCAAGGCUUAGGGAACCGACAAUUCGGCUGGACUUGGACUCCAUAAGCGGCCCACGUUCAGCGUGAUCGAUUGAUUGAUCGACUCGCGGCCCCAUCCGCCCUAUUAUUGGCGCCUGGUCAUGCUAGUUGAGGGCAAUACUUUCAAUCGAAAUGUAUUGCUACUAGAUACUGUCAAGCUUAGGCAGUCUUGAGGGAAGCCUCAGAUUCUUUACGAGGCCAUUCACGUUUGACCUCUGUCUAGCGCUGAAUGAGACAUAUGAAAGCCGUUUCCGCUUUGUGAGGCUUGUAUUUCGAGGGUCUUUGAACCGCGAGCACUUGCUGGAACAGGAGCAGAAGCUGGAACGCAAGGCGGAUGAGGAGCGCGCGUGCGUCGUGAGAUGCUGCAGCGCGUGCUCGAUAUCUCCUACCACGCUGACUGGCAGGGUGUCCGCGAGCGGUAAGCGUGCACGCAGUAUUCGUGUUUAGGUAAGCGUGCACGCAGCCCUGCCCUGCCCCCACGAAACUUUCCUGCCCCGGAACUUUCGGGGUGCGGGGCGUGGGGGCCUGAGUUGCGGGGGCCGAGUGCGUGCGCCUGAGGGGCGCGGGGCGCUUGUAAGGCACUGGGUUAUGAUGAGCCAGUCACAUUCGGACAGGUGCAGGGUGGACAGGACGGCAAGUACGGCGCCGACCCCCGGCUACAAGACGAGCGGCGUGGAGGACGACAGCGCCUGAGCGCUAGGUGCACAACAGAGCCAGAAUCAGGUGAUGGCAGCGGCAGGGGCAGUGAUGGCUGCUUGUGGACCUGCAGCUCCAGCGGCAAUAUGGGGGUGGGGAUGGUGCCUGCAGCAGUGGCGACAGCAGCAGCAGCAGCAGCUGUGGGCGGAGCAGCUGGUUGCUUUAGUCAGGGGAGGUGUCUAGGCGGCUGUGGGGUGCGUGCACUGCAGCGUUGGCUACAGCACUGGCAGCAGCAGUAACUCUGACGACAGCAGCUCAGCUGGGAGUGCGGUGGUCAGUGGUCUGUGCAGGCUGCUGUGGCAGUUGCAGCUUAGCAAUGUGGUGCUGUUGUGGCCAACGGCAUGCGCAGGGCAUCUUGAGCACUGCUGCGGCAUAGGCAACGGCAUGGCAGGCAGCGGCUGGCAGCAGCGAGACAGAUGCAGGGGACGACAGGCAAGCCUGGCAUGCUACGCGGGUCCUUGGAGGAGUAUUCGAUGUAAGCGUGGUUUGUGUAUGUGGUUGUGGGCUGUGGCUGAGGGUUAUCUAGGCACGCAGACGUGCCUGCGUGUGGAUAUGGGAGGAUUGGCCUCCAUCCAAUUCGGCACUUGUUGGUUGCGAAGUGGUGUAGACUGUAUGAAAGCUGGAGCUGGCGCACGCUGGAGCUGGAGCUGGCGCUGGAGUGUAAACACUGUAGGCAGAUAUGAAAUGUGAGGCACAGGAGGCGGUUAGCUGUUAGGAGAGGCGGGGACAGCGGGCACAGCUGGCGAGUGAAACUGGCACGGUCUGUAGCAGCUGCCUGGUCGCUAGGUGGGCAAUCGCUGGUGGCGGCGGUGAUGGUGGUAUGGUCUGCGUUCGUAGAGACAUGCGGACUGCACGGGGUAGAGUUCUGACACCCAGAACCUGGAGCCAGCUCACAGAGGGAGCGCGGAUGUAUGGGCAGUGUGUAUGGGCGGCGUUGUCUGACCAUUAAGGUUGUUGCCGACGGGUGCUGCACUACUGCUUGGCAGGACCUGUGGGGCAAGGUCCACUGGGUGCAUGUCCCAUCUGUCCGCUGUGGGCAUACCGUCUGCGUGCACCAAUUGUGCGGGGUGCCGCCAGGUCAGCAUUGAGUCACCAGCAGCAUGAAUGUGAAUGGGGGCAGCUGUGUGCGUUCGGUGGUAUACUGGUAUGUGACAGUCCGGGAGGGGACAGUUUCUGACAGAUGGGUGGGGUCGAGUGAAGUUAGUAGCAUGUAGGCCUCUCGGCGCAGUUGCGUAGCACUUGCGGUUUGGGACCUAGGCCCCUACGACCUGUACGGGUCCCAUCCGGCCAAUGCAGGGGCCGAGGGCAAGAUAUAAGCGA